AUGGGCCGUUUCCGGGCAUCGCCGGACGCCGUGGAAGCUGUCGGUGGCUCGACAGAGGCUGGUGAGCAGGAUGGUGGUGGACGUGAGGCAAUAAUGUGCCUGCACAAUAACCUCUCGGGAGUACUUCCAGAAGAUAUCUACAAUGCUGCCAAACUUGAAGAAAUUGCAAUACCUCUCAAUUCACUUGAUGGAGUCAUUAGUGAUAGAAUUGUGAACCUCACCAACCUUGCAAUUCUUGACCUCCAAGUUGGUUACUUGAGGGGUGUGCUUCCUCUCAAUGUUGGGAAGCUUUCCUAUUAUGUAGCAGACGAGGAAAGUCCAGCUGAUUUCGGCAUAGCUGAUUUUGAUGGGUUCCAAAGUCUUCGAGUUUUGGAUUUGAGUGGUUGUAACCUCACCGGUGAGAUGCCUGCAUGGGCCAGUUCCAAGUCAACUGGGGACUCUCCCAAGGCUGUUCAUAUACAUUUGGGUUCAAACAGAAUUGCAGGUGAAUUUCCAAAGCAACUUUUGAGACUACCUAUGCUGGUAUCUAAAUCUAAACAAAAUGCAGAUCAUCAUGUUUAUGAUCUUGAACUGCCUAUGUACGCCACAAGUAAUGGUCGAAUAGGUCAGCCAUACAAUUCUUUGUCUUUCUAUCCACCGGCGAUAUACUUGGGGUACAACAGCAUACAUGGAAGUAUACCUAUUGAAAUCGGCCAAUUGGACUCUCUCCAUCAGUUGGGGCUUGACCAUAACAACUUCACUGGCAACAUUCCAGGCCAAAUAUCUAACCUCAAAGACUUGUUUUAUUUGGAUCUCUCCGUGAAUCAUUUGUCUGGAGAAAUCCCAUCAACAUUGACGAGUCUGAAUUUUUUGUCAUUUAUCAACAUCUCCUACAACAAUCUGGAAGGGCAAAUACCAACAGGCACUCAGUUCCAAGGCUUUGAUGUAUCUGCAUUUGAAGGGAACCCGGAACUUUGUGGUCUUCCACUUCCAAAUGAGUGCCAAGCACUAAAGGGAUUUGAUCAAGAUGUGGACAAGGAGCAUCAAAUUCCAUGGUUUUAUGUUUCUGCUGCGCUUGGGUUUAUUGUAGGAUUCUGGGGAGUCUGUGGUUCAUUGAUUUUCAACAAGACAUGGAGAUAUGCAUACUUCCGAUUUCUAGAAAAUGUACAAGAUAUGUUCUACGUAAUGAUGGCUGUGCGUAUCACCAAGAUGAAGAGAAGGCUUAAUGCUAACUAG